AAGUUGCCACAAAAUUCUGAUUUCAAAAUUCUUCUGCGAUCAGACGAUAGGUUUAGCCAACAUCUUUGAAAAAUCUCCCAGUGAUACUGCAAGAUUUCUAUCCCUAUAAGCCUGAUCCUGACUAGAAACGACGGCAUCAUCUGGCUUGUAGCCUCAAUGAUCUAUCCGAUUAGGGGAAAAGCCCGUUUGAGUUGACCACGCUUUCCAUUGGUUAUGCUCAAAUGAGCAUAAAAACCUAAUUUCGUUUCAAAAGAGCAAUACAUUAACAAAAAAUCUUAAAACAAAAAAGAUAGUGCAUAAAAUAAUUACAUUUUUUUUUCUUUUCCAUUUAGGUACUUGGCUCAUGGAUCGAGUAUAUUUGAGAUAUCAAGACUUUUCAGAAUGGGAGUGACAACCGUAAGGGAGAUCACGCAGGAGGUUUCACAGGUUCUAUGGUUUGAACUUCAUGGAACAUUUAUGCCGGAGGUAACUGAAGCUAAAUGGAAGCAGUACAGCGAUGAAUUUGAAGUAAAAUGGAACCUUCCCCACUGUUGCGCCGCUGUUGAUGGCAAACACAUUUCCAUUCAUUGCCCUCCGAAUUCCGGUUCGCUUUAUUUUAAUUACAAAAAGCAGCACUCUAUCGUUCUUAUGGCAAUGUGCGACGCUAACUACAACUUUGUUGCUGUAGACGUUGGUGCGUACGGUGGAAAUGCCGACAGCAGCGUGUUCAGCUCAAGCGAAUUUGGCAGUCGCUUGCUACAGGGGCGCUUGGGACUGCCACAAGCAGCAUCACUAGUAGACGGGCCUCUUAUGCCAUACUUCAUAGUUGGGGACGCUGCAUUCCCAUUGAAAACCAACCUUAUGCGGCCAUAUCCAGGACGAAAUCUGCCACCCUUACAAGAGCACUUCAAUUACAGAUUGUCCCGUGCAAGAAGAGUAAUUGAGAAUGCCUUUGGCAUCUUAGUAUCGCGUUGGCGUAUACUACUAUCACCUUUAUUCCUCCACCCUGAAUCAGCCGAUAAUUUGGUGAAGGCUACGCUAGUGCUUCAUAAUUUCGUGAAGUCUACGAAUGAACCACAGUACAAUCCUCCGGGAUAUGUUGAUCAAAUUGGACACCGUGGAGAAAUUAUUGUCCCUGGAGAAUGGCGCUCAACAACGGAACCUCUGAACAGCGUUGGAAAUAGCAUUAUUCAACGCGGAAACAAUGCAGCUCGCAGUGCUUAUGAAACACGAGAUACUUUGGCGCAAUACCUGUUUGAAAAUAACAUUUUUUUAUAAUCUAGGCACGAUUUUCGAACAAUGUGCAAAAGAGUAACAAUAAUAAAAUAAGGUCAUUAAUCGAAA